AUGGACGAUCUUCUUACUGGUACAUCUUGCAAAACCGAACUUCAGUCCCUGCAACAACAUGUCUCACAGAUUUUAAUGGAAGGAGGCUUUGAGUUACGAAAGUGGGCAUCGAACUGUAAGGAGCUCAACGAGAGUAUUUCCGAAUCUUCGAGGGGUAUUUCGCACUACGUAGUCGAUGGUAAAGACGUUCACGCGCUGGGUCUGAUGUGGGACACCGAGGGAGAUCAUUUCACAUUUGCCGUCAAUUUGAAGAAAGAACCCGCAACCCUAACCAAGAGAUCCCUCCUAGCCGACGCUAGUACGCUCUUUGACCCGCUGGGUUUACUCGCUCCGGUCACAAUAAAGGGUAAAAUGUGGUUUCAGGACGUUUGGCGUUCUGCAGUUGGGUGGGACGACCCAGUACCACCCAUAAUCGAAAAGGCUUGGCGAGAUCAUCGAGUAGAGCUACAGAACUUGAAGGAGUUGAAGGUCGAUCACUGGAUUGGAUCCGGAAUGGCCGGCUCAUUCACGGAGCUGCACGUGUUUGCUGACGCUUCCGAACGAGCUUACGCCGCUGUGGUAUACGCCCGCACUUUGCAACCCGACGGUACUGUUGCUGUAAGCCUCAUUUCAUCGAAAACUAAGGUUGCACCGCUUAAACCCACGACUCUACCCCGCCUUGAACUUUGCGCUGCACAUUUAGCCUCGAAGUUGGUCCGAAACGUGCUGCACAGUUGGGGUAAUCUUCGCUACCCGCUAUAUGCUUGGACGGAUUCAACCAUCACCUUAGCCUGGCUACAAGCACAUCCUAGCAAAUGGAUAACCUUUGUAGCUAACCGCGUUGCCGAAACCCAAGACGUUUUGCCGCCGAAUAGUUGGCAUCAUGUAAGGUCUGAAUUGAACCCAGCUGACUGCGCGUCCAGGGGUAUAUCGCCGUCUGAUCUCCUUUGUCACAAACUUUGGUGGAACGGUCCUGAAUUUUUGAAAGGUACAGACCAGUUUUGGAAGAAAGAGUCGACAAAUCAACACGCAACCGACAUUGGCGUUCGAAACAAAGUUGCAGCAAACGUUUCAAAUUCAAACGAUUACUGGCCCGUCAUUACAAAAUAUUCGUCGUAUUCAAAGCUACGUCGCGUCAUUUCAUUCUGCUUACGAUUCGUUUGUAACAUUCGAGCAACUAAGCGUCUCGUCGAAAAACGCCAUGGUCCUCUAAGCGGGUUGGAGCUGGUCGAAGCGGAGCGCCGCUUAGUUAAAUAUACGCAAAACUUUCACUUUGCCAAUGAGAUCUCUCACUGCAGCGCAAAUAGGCCGAUCCCGCUACGUAGUAGCUUGGUGCGUUUGCAACCAUUUCUGGAUCCCAACGGUAUUCUCCGUGUAGGUGGACGACUGAAAUCCGCAAAUAUUUCAAACGACGCGAGGCAUCCAAUAGUUUUGCCCAAGAAUUCUCCGCUUUCACGCCUCAUCAUCUCCGAUAUACAUUACUUUACUUUGCACGCUGGGCCACGUAUAAUGCAGGUCGUAUUGCAGCGUCGUUAUUGGGUGAUUGGAGCUCGUAGUUUGAUCCGCAGCAUUUAUCACAAAUGCGUCAAGUGCACUUGCAUCAAUCGUAACGCUGCCUCGCAGUCAAUGGGUGACCUUCCCGCGUCCCGUACGACAUAUGCUCGUUGCUUCACACGCACUGCCGUGGACUUUGCUGGACCCGAUUCAUACAAAUAUACUUACGGAAGAGGAGCUAAAUCUACGAAAGGAUAUAUAUGUUCAUUUAUUUGUAUGUGCACUGGUGCGAUGCAUCUUGAAUUUGUAGGGGAUCUAUCGACACCAGCUUUUCUCAACGCGUUCAAGCGUUUCAUAAAUCGAAGAGGGUAUUGCAAGACCAUGGUAUCUGACAAUGGCACGAAUUUCGUUGGAGCUGAAAAGGAACUGCGCAACAAGUACGAGCAGUGCAUGGCUGAUGAUGCGCUUCAGUCGUUUUUUGCUGACUCCAAUAUUGAGUGGCAUUUCAACCCGCCGACCGCACCACACAUGGGUGGAUACUGGGAAACCGGUAUCAAACGUAUCAAAUACCAUUUGAAGCGUGUUUUAGGAGAUACCUUCCUUUCGUACGAAGACUUCAGUACGCUAUUAACUGAAGUGGAAGCUUGCGUUAACUCUCGCCCACUAUGUGAAAUUUCAACAAAUGCUUCCGACCUCGAAGCCUUAACACCUGGACAUUUUAUUAUCGGCGAACCUCUGAAGUCCAUCCCAGAACCUGAGGGUCAAGGGUUCUGUGGAAAUCUCCAUCAGAGGUGGCAAUUAAUUUCAGAAAUGCGACGACAUUUUUGGCGUCGUUGGAAAGACGAGUAUCUCUUGAGUCUGCAACGUCGCACUAAAUGGUUUCGUCCUUCACGUAAUUUCGAAGAAGGAGAUAUAGUAGCUAUUUUCAACGAUCUCACCCCUCCGACUAAGUGGACACUCGCAAGG